AUGACAGCGACAAUCCUGAUCCUCUCCCUGCUCUGCAAAGGUAAGCAUGACAAGAUGGGUGUGUUCUUGGUCAGAAAGGAGAUGGGCUCUGGAACAGGGGUAGGAUGGUACUCUGAUUGAAGAACCGGGUUUGCUGGAUUUGAGGGGCGGGUGCUCCUUGAUUCAGCCUUGCAUCUAGAUUCCCAGGAGGUGAUGGUGGUCAGGAAUGCCUUUGCCCAGCUUAGUAGAGAUGCUUGGUAGGGACGCAGGAGAGGGCCUUCUUGGUGGCUGCCCCCAGACUUUGGAACUCCCUCCCUAGAGAAAAUAGACUGGCUCCCUCCUCCUCGUCCUUCCACUAGCCGGUGAGGAACAGACUUUGGGAACUGACUGUUUUAAAUGAAAGGACUGGUGCUGUGCUAUUUUUAUUUUGUACGUAUAUAUUUUGUUUGUAUAUAUAGAGAGAGACAGACAGACAGACAGUGGUUUUUUUUAAAAAAAAUUUAUUAAUGUUUAAUUGUUGUUUAAUUAUUGGGAUUUCCCCCUGUACUUCCAACUGUUCAUAUUUUAUCUGUAAGCCACCUUGAGUCCCUGUCAGGGGAAAAAGUGGAGUAUCAAUAAAUAUAUAAUAAUAAAAACAAGCUGGUGUGUCAGCUGUGCCCAUUCCUGCGUAGGCUAGGCUACAGCAGUAAUUCUAAACAUCAAAUAGUUGUUUAUUUCCUUGACAUCUAAUGGGAGGGUGUUCCACAAGGCAGGCACCACUACCGAGAAGGCCCUUUGCCUGGUUCCCUGUAACCUAACAUCUCACAGUGAGGGAACCGCCAGAAGGCCCUCGGAGCUGGACCUCAGUGUCUGGGCUGAAUGAUGGGGGUGGAAAUGUUCCUUCAGGUAUACGGGUCCGAGGCUGUUUAGGGCUUCAAAGGUCAGCACCAACACUUUGAAUUGUGCUUGGAAAUGUACUGGGAGCUAAUGUAGGUCUUUCAAGACAGUAAGUCUUCCCCUCAGUUCAUCCUUGUCAUGCUCCAAAACUGCUGCCCCUACAUUCCCUGUCCCUUUAUUGGCUCUACUGAUGUUCAUUGGGCCAAUAAGGAGCUAUGGAGAUUACUAGGACAACUGAAAAAGGAUGCAUGUGUCUGACAUCAGGUUCCCCUUGCCAAUAUCGGCUCUCUCUCUGACCUGGCAGAUGGAGCUCUGAUGCAUCCCAUGACCCCCUCAGAUGCCUCCCCAAGGACCAUAGGACUGUACCCUCAUGUACAGAAUGGGGGUGGAUGGCAAACUGGAAAUAUCAGAUAAUUUUAACCCGUUAAUUUCUCACCCUUUUACUUCCUCCGGCAGGUAUGGUGAGUCAGCUAAGCCCUAGCUUUACAUUGACAAUGCCUGCCUCUGUCUAUGUGCAGAGAGGCCUCUAUGUUCACCCUCCCUGCCAGUUCACCUACAACAAUCAGCACCAGAACAGUUCAGAGAAGCUAUUUGGUUACUGGUUUAAGAAUGCGGAGACAAGACACUAUCUUCCCUCUUCCAAACGCUAUGUCAAAGGUGAUCUUGUGGCCACCAACGAUGAGAGCCGGAGAAUCGACCCCUCCAUCACGAACCGUUUCCAGUUAGAAGGGAACCCAGAGCAAGGUGACUGCUCCUUCAGCAUCAGUGAUGUCCAGUUAGAAGAUGAGGGGCAAUACUUCUUUAGAAUUGAGAAAGGACACGUCCUCUAUAGCUAUGCUUCAUUUCAGCUUCUUGUGACAGGUAAGUGGGUGUUCCAUUCCUCCUCUGCUUACUGCUCCUUGUUGUUCGGGGGAUGGUGUAGGGUGCUCAAGCCCUAAGCCUUUUGCAGUGGACCUGGUACCUCUUGCUCCCUUAAUAAUUCAAAUUAUUUUGCUUAUUGGUUGGAUAGAUGCAGUGCAAAACAUGAUGCUGAUGCAAGUCCAGCCAGGCACCAUCUUGAUUUCCCAGAGCCAGCUGGGAAUUUGUACAUGCAGUUUUUAUUCAAGUUUGUGUCAUAUACCUGUGCCCUGCAUCCCAUAGGUUUCUCACAAUGCCCUUGGUUCCUUGACUAGUUUGUUUUUAUUUGAUGCUUUGUGGUUAGAGAAAAGUAUUCUUGUAUAUAACUAUGUCAGGUACAGCCUCACCACUCCCUGGAUCCAGAAAGGAGAGAGAAAAAUGCAAAUUGGUUUGUUUGCAUAAGAUGCUUACUUGAUUUACAGUGGUAACUUGGGUUAAGAACUUAAUUCUUUCUGGAGGUCUGUUCUUAACCUGAAACUGUUCUUAACCUGAAGCACCACUUUAGCUAAUGGGGCCUCCUGCUGCCGCUGCUCUGCCGCUGCACAAUUUCUGUUCUCAUCCUGAAGCAAAGUUCUUAACCCAAGAUAAUAUUUCUGGGUAAGCGGAGUCUUUAACCUGAAGCGUAUGUAACCUGAAGCGUAUGUAACCCGAGGUACCACUGUAUUUUGGUUCAUAGAAUUGUAGGGCUGGAAUUAUCAUUAUUAUGUCAUGAUUAUGCAGAGCUCUCCAUAGAGUAGAAGGGGACAGGUCUCUGCCCCUAAGUGCUUGCAAUCUGUAACUCCAUGGAAGAAGAAGGACAGCAUAAUGAAGUCCAGGUAUCAACAGGGGAAGAAAGAAUAUGCAUUAUUUCAGUUACAGGAAGAGUAAGAUGUGAGGACUAGGGGAUGGGCCAAGGACUUCAGAGAAAAUGUGGGUCUCGAGGAAGCUCCCAGAGUAAGUCAAGAGAAAGAGGCACCACAUAUUUGUUCUGGGAGGCAAUUAUUUUCAUAAGGGACAAUAAAGUGGGGAACCUGGAAUCGCUGGAAAGAGGAGGGAGCUGCUUGGAAAUCCCAUCCAAAACCUCCUGGUCAACUGAGCCCAAAACAUAGAACAGCUCUCCGUGGAGUCAUCAGCACAGCAUGGAAGCUGGACUUGCAGAUCAUCAUAACAUUCUGCUUAGCUGACAUGAGCAAAGCUUUCACCUGCAAAAUCAGGCAUCCUGCAUUGCAGGCAAAAACACUUGCUAUUUGCAAGUGGACUGUUAUGUACUGAGUUGAAUAGGAUCCAAAAUGCAGCAGUCUGACUGGUCCUAGAACAAUAGGAUCCAAAAUGAAGCAGUCUGACUGGUCCUAGAACAAUAGGAUCCAAAAUGAAGCAGUCUGAUUGGUCCACAGGAGCCACCCAAUCCAACUCCAGGUGGAAGUGAAUCCGCAACCUCAUUGGCCUACAGGAGAAUCCCAGAAUUAGCCAAUCACGUGGGGCCCAUUGUGUAAAUAAUGUAUAUAAAACAGACAUUUUGGGGGAACUUCCAUUCCUCACUAAUAUGAGCUGAAUAAAGAGCAUGAAAUCCACACUCGACUCCGAGUAUAUUUCAUGGACUAAACAGGACAAAAGGGUCUAACAACCUAUAUUCCUAACACUAUACUGCUGCUUGACUUUUGUGUGUUUAAACUCUGCUCUUGGGGGGCUCUCUCCCUCUGGAGUGUGCAAAACCCCAUGUUUCGAAUCAAGGCACCCAGCCAAUUCUUUCAUUAUUUGCCCCACACACGUCAGUCACAGGGAUUCAUUUCUUUCUUUCCACAUAAGAACACUCUGCUGUUUCACAUCCUAUUCAAACACUAUGAAGUUGGGGGGUGGGGGUGGGGGGAGGAAGGGAGUUUGGUGAUUCUACAGAGGUCCCUGAGAAGUUCACCACAGUAAACCCUCUGUAACAAAAAAAGAAAAUCCUCAUAAAAAUUAAUCAGCACCCUAGUGUUAAUUUCUCCUAAUAAACAUAUUUUUGUGUGUAAUAUUGACUAGUACAGUGGGUUUUUUAAAAAAAUAUAUCUGUAUUACUUUUCUGUAAUAUAUACAUUUUUCUAUACAUUAGUUGGCUGGAAAGCUUCAUCUCGAGGAUUGGAGAAGAGUGAAUUUUGAAGGGCAACUCUGUUUCGGUUUGUGGGUUGGUUCAGAAAGUGUGAAUUAGGUAGCUUCUCGUUAAAAUACCAACAAAACCAAUCCCCUCCCCAGCCCUUCUUCCAACAGGCUCUUCAAGGCAUCAUCUCCUUAAAAUAAUCCCAGCAGCAUCUUAUUUACAGGACUGCCUCUCCUGGUAUGCUCCGCAGAGGACCUUCGGGUUCACGAAUAACCAUAGUUUAGAGGUCCCGGGCCCUAAGGAAGUCAGAUUAUCCUCCACCAGGGCCAGGGCCUUCUCAGUGAUGGCUCCAACCUGGUGGAAUGCUCUGUCCCAUGAGACUAGGGCCCUUCAGGAUUUAACCUCCUUAUGUCGGGCCUGUAAGACAGAGCUAUUCUGCCUGGCCUUUAAUUUGAAUUCAGCCUGGGGUUUUAUUUCCCUUCUCUUCCCUAACCCUCCCCUUUUAUGAAGAUUAUCUGCUCUGAGACCCCACAACUAAUUCUCCCCUGGCCUCCUCACUGGCCCAAGUAGGACUAAUUCAACCAGCUAGCCCUAGUGAUUAUCUCAUGCUUAUUAGAUGGAUUUCCCCUAAAUUGAUUUCUGAACUUUGAAUUUUAUUGUUAUUCAUGUUUUUAUACUGUAUUUUAUGCUGCAUUUACAAUUAAGUGUUUUAAAUUUGUUGUUAGCCAUCCUGAGCCCGGUUUUUGAACUGGGAAGGGCAGGGUAUAAAUAAAAAAUUAUUAUUAUUUUAUUAUAUAUUAUAAUCUCUGUAUUAGAUAACAUUUUCAGCAUUGCUUGUUGUCAUCUGCAGUGCGCCCUCUACUGCUCUGUUGUGCCAUCACAGGCAGAGAUUCCCUCCCUGUAUAUAAUUAAUUCUCCCUUACUCCGCCCCCUCCUUUCCAGAUGUCCUUGGAUUCAGCAACACCCGGACCAAUGCCACAUGUUGGCACGAACACAAUGGCUUCCUCUGUACCUGCUCCCUGCAUCCCAGCCCUCCAGGCCAGCUCCAGUGGCAUUUGGGUGGGGAGGUCCUCAGUGGGAAUGAUACUAAUGGGAACCUGCAGGUCUCUUCCUGGGUCCGAGGGAAGGAGGCCACCAGCUUCUUAAACUGGACAGGAACCCUAGAUGGAGACCUUAAAAUCAUCUGUCUUGGGAUAAGCCCUUUUGGAAACCACACUCUGCAGUUUCUGCUAAACUCCACUACAACAGGUAAUAAAGUGGACACCAGACUUUAGAGGUUGCAUCCAACUAAGUUCUACUCAGAGAAGUCCCAUUGGAUAGACCUAAGCUGAUCAGGUCCAUUAAUUUUAAUGGCUCCACUCUAGGUAGGGCUGGUCUUGGAUACAACCCUAGGAAUUUUAAGGACUGCUUAAGCACAGUGGGGAUUCAAAUGACUAUUUGUUGGUGUUGUUGUUGUUGUUUGGUCGUUUAGUUAUGUCCGACUCUUCGUGACCCCAUGGACCAGAGCACGCCAGGCACUCCUGUCUUCCACUGCCUCCCACAGUUUGGUCAGACUCAUGUUUGUAGCUUUGAGAACACUGUCCAACCAUCUCAUCCUCUGUCAUCCCUUUCUCCUUGUGCCCUCCAUCUUUCCCAACAUCAGGGUAUUUUCCAGGGAAUCUUCUCUUCUCAUGAGGUGGCAAAGUAUUGGAGCCUCAGCUUCACAAUUUGUCCUUCCAGUGAGCACUCAGGGCUGAUUUCCUUAAGAAUGGAGAGGUUUGAUCUUCUUGCAGUCCAUGGGACUCUCAAGUGUCUCCUCCAGCACCAUAAUUCAAAAGCCUCAAUUCUUCGGCGAUCAGCCUUCUUUAUGGUCCAGCUCUCACUUCCAUACAUCACUACUGGGAAAACCAUAGCUUUAACUAUACGGACCUUUGUUGGCAAGGUGAAGUCUCUGCUUUUUAAGAUGCUGUCUAGGUUUGUCAUUGCUUUUCUCCCAAGAAGCAGGUGUCUUUUAAUUUCGUGGCUGCUGUCACCAUCUGCAGUGAUCAUGGAGCCCAAGAAAGUAAAAUAGCUUGUCUAACUGAUAUAAGAACCUUUUAAUGAACACAUACAGGCCACAUUUGAUCAUCUGAUCGUUGUUCAUUCCUUCCUUCAUUAUUUUAUUUGUUUCCCUCUUUUCCGCAAAAGAAAUCAUGAUCAAAGCAGCUUGUAACAACGGAAACAGGAAUACAGCGGUAUCUUGGUUCCCAAACUCAAUCCGUUCUGGAAGUCCGUUUGACUUCCAAAAUGUUAGCAAACCAAGGCGUGGCUUCUGAGUGGCCCCAGAAACAAUGCUGACAGUCGAAACAGAUGUUCGGCUUCCAAAAAAACCGGAACACUUACUUCCAGAAUUGGGAGCCAAGCCCUUCAGGAGCCAAGGGACCACUGUACAUCUCAAAAUCAAGCAUUGCAAGAGCAAUUUCAUAGUAAAACGGCAACAUAAUAGCAAAUAUAACAGCAUAUUUAAAAACCACAAAAUUUCAAUACUAUAACUAUAGCAAGAUUGCAUUAGCAAUAUUACAUCUCCUGGCAAUAGGAAAAGUAACAAGAGAGCGUGACAGUUUCACCAGUUUCACUUGCAACUGUACCUUCAGCAAAAGCACAAUUUCAAGGAGUCUAUUUACUCAGGCUACUAAAGGCAACCCAGUUUACCUCGGGAUCAAGGCAUUUUUCUGGGACCCACAUUAGCUUCUGCAUUUGAAUUGCAAAUUACGUGGCUCGUUUAAGCCAGCUGGAAUAUUGCUUUUUAAAAAGAAGUUAAACCAGGAAAGUGAAUUGGAGAUAAAACGAAGGAUACUGCUUCUCUGCAGGGAUUCAUUUGUUUAUUUUGUUCAUGUGUUUAUUCUGUUUUGACCAGUCUUCAUAAAAAUAAAAAUCCCAAGGGUAGUUUCUACCUCAUUCCUGUUAAAUUAACAAAAUACACAAUAAAGCAGUAAAACGUAUACUGACAAUCAAGUAAAUAGUCCUGCCAUCAAGAAUCCAAACCAUUAAAGAAAACUAGGGCAGGAAUCCUAAUAUAAAACCAAACAGCACUACUCUGGCUUAAAGAGCUGUGUUUUCAUGCUAUGCCAUGCCUGAAACUCAACAAGGAGGGAGCCAACUGUACCCUUAGGGGAGACAGUUCCAUGGAUGGGGCAACACAACUGAAAAGGUCCUCUGCACAUUACAGCCCCAUGAGCUAUGCUCAUCAGUGGAUCAGAGGGUCUCCUCUGUAGAUCUUAAAGCACAGGCUUGCGGAUAGUGAGAGAAGAGUUCCUGCAAGUAUACGAUACUUGCUAGAGUGCUUCUCUGGCUCUUUGGAACCAGAGCACAAACUUGGCUUUUCUAUUUGUUGUGAUGAGAAUGAGAGUCUGAGCUUUGGGCUUCUGCACUGCCCAGGCUUCUUUGUAUGGGAGAGAAGGAAGCUCAAACCUUUUGUUUGGGGCUUAUAACAAAACCACAGUUUCCUGUUCGGAAUAUGAGGAACUGUAGUUUGUACAAACCACAAUCACCAAGAUCCAGAUUCCCAGAUGCUCUCAUGAUGGUGAUGGUCUAUACUGGAGUCCUGGGGUUCUCUAAACAUUAUUGUGCUUCUCUGAUCUUCUUUUCAAUCUUUCUUUAUCCUCACAGGAGCCCAUCAUGAGGGCCUGACUAGAGCCUGGACAAUUGAACGAUACUCUUCUCUUCCUGUUAGCCCUUUUUCUGAUGAAGUAAGUGGUUCUUCUUCUGGCUUUGAUACUUGCCUUGUCAGUCAGUUUGACUGAAAAGCAAGACAGAUAUUGAGGAAAUGACAACAGCAACAAUCAAUCAAUCAAUCAAUCAAUCAAUGCAUUACAAUCAAUAGGUCAGAAAUAAAAAAGUGUACUGUACACAAGAAUCUCAGAGCAAAACAGAAUUCAAAAUGCAACAUAAGAGGCAUCACAUAAAACUACAGUAAUUUCGAAUUAGUCCCUGAACAUGGUCGUUCAUUGCUACUUGUAGAAAAUUUAGCUACUGCCAGUGACUUCUCUGGGUCUUAAUCUUCCAUUAGGUAUUUAACAUAAAAUGGAACUGACCUCCCUACGAGUUUGGUCAGCAAAGGGUCAAUGGUAUGCUGUUCAUCUCCAGCAAAGAAAUUACAGAACAGGAAGACAUGUUGUAUAGAUUCUACUUCCCAAGUAGGUGACACAGGUGGCGGGUGGUGGUCUAAACCACUGAGCCUCUUGGGCUUGCAGAUCCGAAGGUCGGUGGUUUGAAUGCUCCCAUUGCUCUGUCCCAGCUCCUGCCAACCUAGCAGUUCGAAAGCAUGCCAGUGCAAGUAGAAAAAUAGGUACCUCUGCGGUGGGAAGGUAAAUGGCAUUUCCUUGCGCUCUGGUUUCCAUCACGGUGUUCUGUUGCACCAGAAGUGGCUUAGUUAUGCUGGUCACAUGACCCAGAAAGCUGUCUGGACAAAUGCCGGCUCCCUCGGCCUGAAAGCAAGAAGAGCGCCGCAACCCCGUAGUCGCCUUUGACUGGACUUAACCAUCCAGGGGUCCUUUCCCUUCCCCUUUUACCUUACUUCCCGGGUACUAAAAGGGAAAGAAGGGUGCCACCAUCUGUACCUGUCCUGUAGCACAAUAGCAGUGAGCAUUUACCCACCCUCCUCCUCAGUCCUCAAAGCAUUGUUUUCCAAGCUGGAAAAAAAGUAUAAAUCAGCUGCAUAUUAGCGAAAUAUUGGAGCACAUCACCUAUUGAGCUAAAAUGACAAAGGCUGCAAUUGUAUGUUCAGUUAACUAGAGACUAUGUUCUUAAUUAGGGGAUGUGGGUGGCGCUGUGGCUUGCCGAUCAGAAGGUCGGCGGUUUGAACCCCCACCACAGGCUGAGCUCCUGUUGCUCUGUCCCAGCUCCUGCCCACCUAGCAGUUCGAAAGCACAUCAAGUGCAAGUAGAUAAAUAGGUACAACUCUGGUGGGAAGGUAAACGGUGUUUCCGUGCACUGCUCUGGUUUCGCCAGAAGCAGCUUAGUCAUGCUGGCCACAUGUCCACAGCUGUCUGUGGACAAAUACUGGCUCCCUCGGCCUAUAGAACGAGAUGAGUGCUGCAACCCCAGAGUUGUCUGAGACUGGACCUAAUGGUCAGGGGUACCUUUACCUUUACCUAUGUUCUUAAUUUGUGCUUGGAUUGUUGUCACAGUUCAUUGACUAUGUUGUGAGCCACUUUGGACACAAGUAUGAGGGAAUGGGGCAUACAAAUAUAAACUGAUGAUCCACACCUGGCUAUUCUUAUAUUCUUAAUCUCUCCAUUGUAUUGUUCUUUAGGGUGUUGAUAUGCUGUUUCUUCUUUCUGACGCUUUUUGGGAUCCGAACAAGAGGAAGGUUCCACUGAUGCAAGAGGUUCCAAAGAAAUGAUAAGGAGGAUGCAUGUUUUUUCCCUGUGGGAAAGGCAAUGCGAUCACAUGCAUAUGUGGCCAUGCUUGAAUUCUGCUGCCUCAAGGAAUGACAUCAUGCCAAUGCAGAGAGAAGCCCCAAGGCACACCUACAAGGUCACAUGCACCCAAGAUUAAACCGAAUGAGCGGCAGCUUUGGGGGCUCAUGCCUCUUAAUUACAAAUGUAGAUUAGCUUUGCAGUUCCAUACGCAGCCAUGUACUGGAAUAGUUUUUACCAGACUUCAUGCACUCAGCUUGUAAAUAUAGCAUUGGACUAUUAUGUGACCAGCCCACAUGAGGUCAUUCCAGUGCCGGAUUUACGUAUAAGCUAAACAAGCUAUAGCUUAGGGCCCCACUCUCUUGGGAGGCCCCCAAUUUUUUUUUUAAAGGAAAACAAAACUGGAUGUACAUUUCCAAAAUAUAAGAUAAAAAACAAAUAAAUUAAAACCUACAUACAGCAAGUGUUUUGUGUUGUGUAGGCUCCUAUGAGACUCUAAGUUAUUGAAGGUAAUGGGGGCCUUUAUAUGUCCAGCUGUCCUUUGUCAACAGCAAAUUGUCUCUGUUUUUUGUGUUGAAUAUAUGCUAUAUUUAUGGACCUAAUAGGUAUCUAAAGCUAUUUGCACAUGCAGAAUGUAGGCACCCUAUAUAUAGAAAUGAGCAAACCAGUGAUAUCAGGGAGCAGGCUAGCAGGCGGGGCCCAUUACUUACAUCAUAGGAGCCUACACAACACAAAACACUGUUGCUCUAUGUAGGUUUUAUUUUAUUUGGGUUUUUUAUCUUAUAUUUUGGAAACAUGCAUCCAGUUGUUGUUUCUCCUUUAAAUUUUUUGGGAGGCCCCCAAGAGAGUGGGGCCCUAAGCUAUAGCUUGUUUAGCUUACAUGUAAAUCCGGCACGGACUGUGGUACACUUCUGGUCAUGUCACCUCAGGAAAGAUCAUGCAGAGUGGAAAAGAGGAACCAGAAUGAUGAAGCGGUUUUGAGAAAAGAUGUGUAAGACGGGAUCUGAUGUAAGUUUACAAAAUUGCACGUGACAUGGAGAAAAGUGGGAAAGGAAAAGCUUUUCUCCCACUCACAUAACACUUGAACUUGUGCACAUGCCUGGAUAGCUCAGUUGGUUAGAGCGUGGUGCUGAUAACCCCAAGGCUGCCGGUUCGAUCCCCAUAUGAGAUGGCUACCUAUUCCUGAAUUGCAAGAGGGUGGACUAGGUCAUCCUCAGUGUUAUGUAUUGAAAUUCUCACCCUGGCUACCAGGAGUAUUGUGUAUGUAGUUUUCACUCAGGUCCAUGUCAGUUACUUUAGGCUGGAAACCCUGGGUUGUUGUUGCUACAAUGUUGACAGCCAGCUGCCUAUAAAAGCAAGCCGGCUGAGCUGUUUGCUGUUCAGUUCUGUUCCAGCUUACAAAUAAAGAGCUGCUUUGAAGAUAUCGCUGCGUCGUCUGAUAUGUUCACCCACAACUUAACACUCAGGGUCCCUUCCAACUCUGAAAUUCUAUGGUUGUGUAUGCAAUGAAGUUGAAUGUUGAAAGAUUCAGGAAAGAUAGAAGAAAUUAUUUUCUGUUGUUAAAGUUGCAAAACAUCGAAGCAUCGGAUGGAGCAAUGGAGAAAUUUCUGAAACAACAAUGGGAUAUCAGCUCCACCCAAGGCACGAUGGAGAACAGCAACAACUGGGAAAAGAUAGACAUAACAUUUUGCAAAAACCCUUGACAGUAAAGAUGCAUUUUAAAUAAAAGGACACAUUCUAUUCAUGUAAAAACAUGCUGAUUCCCAGACUGUCCGCGGGCCGGAUUGAGAAGGCGAUUGGGGUGGAUCCCAGGCCUUAGUUUGCCUACCCAUGGUCUAAAGUAUGUAAAUCUUCCAAAAGUACUUAAAAAACAAAAAACAAAACUAGAGUCCUUUUCAUUGGGAAUAAUUCAGAUGGAAAUUCCCAGGUGUCAAAAAAGGUUAUUUAUGUAUGCCACUACUGCAGUCCAUGUUUUGUUAGCCCCCAAAUGGAAAAUGAGCGAGGUCCCAACCAAAGAAGAAUGGCAACUUAAGCUGAUGGACUAUGCACAGCUUGCAGACUCAACAUACAGUCAUACCUCAUGUUACGUUUGCUUCAUGUUACGUUUUUUCAGGUUGCGUCCCAUGGUGACCCAAAAGCACCAGAAAGGGUUACUUAUGGGUUUCACCAUUUGUGCAUGCGCAGAAGUGCUAAAUCGUGCUUCGCGCAUGCACACAAGCACCAAAUCACACCACACACCUGCACAGAUACAGCGCUUCAGGUUGCGGGCUUUUCAUGUUGUGAACAGGCCUCCGGAACGGAUCCUGUCGAGACCAGAGGUACCACUGUAUAUGAUAAGAGAACAGGAAGAACAUACAUUUAAAGAAGAUUGGGAAAUGUUGGAAGAUUGGAAUAUAUGGGGGGAAAUUGUGUACACUGGAAAACGUUGGCAGCAUUGAGAUAAAUUCAACAGUGAUCAAGGUGUCUCCCCUGCCAGGUAAGUGAAGUGGGCUUGACUUCCAAAGGGUUUUGAUGCUGUUUUGCAAAAGCACCCUUUCUCCUGCCCACCCCACCCCCAUUAAAACCCCUCCCUGACAAAACGUGGUGCCAAAACCUUGGGAUCCCUGACUUCCGUUUCGCCUGUCCGGAAGCCGCUUUCUCUGACUUGAAACGGGGGCGCCUGCCUGGGCUGCCCACAGCAGUGCCCCGGGGGGUAGGGGUGGCAGCGAGCAGAGUGACCGCCCGCUUCAGCCUGGCUUUUUUCCUGAGCUGACCCUCGACUUGCCCUGUGGUCGGGCGGAGAGUCUGGACGCAGCGCAGCGGCUGCUGCUGCUUCCUGUAUAGCUGUACAGAACCUCACACUUUGGGUCCUUUUAAUGUGCAAUUUUUCUCUCCGAGGAGAUUAAAACUGUUAACGCAGUGUUGAACUUACCAACCAGUUUGAAUGGUUAAGACGAUGCCUGCCCCCCCCCAACGUGUGUGUGUGUGUUUUAAAACAAAUACAAAAAAACUCAGGCUGCUGGUAGAGGUUGGCUGGGCUGGCGGGUGAGAGCGGGGCUGGGAGGAGCGCCUCUGGGGUUUUUCUCCGUUUCAGGGAGACCCCGAGUGGUUUUAUAGCGGGUUUUUUUUUGUAUUUCUUUAUUCUUUUGUAAUGUCCCAUAUUAAUAUUUAAAGAAAAUAUUUUAAAAAAAGAGAUAAAUUCAACAGUGUAAAUAAGUUUUGAUGGAUGUAACAACGGAAUACCAAAUGGUUUAGUUUAUAUAAAAUGUGCAAUUUUUCUCUCCGAGGAGAUUAAAACUGUUAACGCAGUGUUGAACUUACCAACCAGUUUGAAUGGUUAAGACGAUGCCUGCCCCCCCCCCACGUGUGUGUGUGUGUUUUAUCACAAAUACAAAAAAACUCAGGCUGCUGGUAGAGGUUGGCUGGGCUGGCGGGUGAGAGCGGGGCUGGGAGGAGCGCCUCUGGGGUUUUUCUCCGUUUCAGGGAGACCCCAAGUGGUUUUAUAGCGGGGGUUUUUUUGUAUUUCUUUAUUCUUUUGUAAUGUCCCAUAUUAAUAUUUAAAGAAAAUAUUUUAAAAAAAGAGAUAAAUUCAACAGUGUAAAUAAGUUUUGAUGGAUGUAACAACGGAAUACCAAAUGGUUUAGUUUAUAUAAAAUACGAAGAGAUUUAUGAAAUGCAGAAUGAACCAUGGAAAGAGAAGAAGGGAAGUCACUGAUAUCUUAAGGAUGUUUAUAUGAGUCUUCUAAAUUGUAAAACAGAAAAUUUAAUAAAAAUUAUAUAUAAAAAAUAAAGUAUGUAAACCUUCCAGAUGGGGUCUAAACCUCAGUGGAGGCCCUGACCAGUCAGGUGCUAUGUACUUCCCAGUUGGAGUCGCUCUGUUGUUAUUCCCUGGAACUCCCAAUCACUGAAUGGGGGUAGUAUCUUAUCUUGCUUGUGUUACGUUAUUCCGCUUUAAGACUGUUUCACUGCUUUUCAUUUUGUAUUACACCUGCUACUUAAUAAAAGCGCUGAACUUCUCUCCACUGGUGUCCUUAUUGCUGCUGAAUCCAAAAGAACUCUUGCCUUUGGCAAAACUUUCAGAUGGGUGAUUUGUCAUAACAUCUAUAUUCUUUUGUUUCUUUUUUUAUUAUUUCCUAUUAAGAUCCUGCCUAGUGCUUAUUUAGUUUACUUUGCUUGAAAGGACAUGGUCCUCGUGAGAACUGACCCGAAGAAAUGAUCUUGCUUGUUUCCCAAAUUCUAAGUUUCUCUUUCUAGCAUUUAUGCAGAACCCAUCCUUCUUAUAGGAGAAGUUUAUUAAAUUUUGCUGACAACACCAGAUUGCUGUCCUAAUCUUUACAUAAAGUAUUAAUGAAGUUUUAGUUGUGGCUUCCAGGACAUGUCUGAGAUAAGAACUAGCACCAGGGUCAAGAAAAUUAAUUGAGGGGUAUAUUUUAUACUAGCUCUUCUGGUGCCAUGAUCUACAGAAAUGAACCACACCAAAAAUUCAGAUUGACACACACUAUUACACAUGGACCAGCCCUAUUUUAAAAUUAGGGAUUCCCUCCCUGAUCACCGAUUUUUUUUUGUUUUCACGGCUGCGUGAAUUUCACUGGCCCAGAGAUGGAAAGAAGAUAAAGUUCCUACCAUAGAAGAAUGGCAGAUGAAGCUAAUGGAUUAUACUGAAAUGGCUAAAAUGACCGGAAGAAUCAGAAAUCAGGAAGACCAAAAUUUUAAAAAGGAAUGGGGAAAAUUGAUAACAUAUCUUAAAGACCAUUGUAAUCAGUUAAAAUCGUUAGUAAGGUUGGAAUAUCACUUGUAGUCUAAGGUUGAAUUCUGGACAUAAUGGAAGAGGUAAAGGUUUGGAUUAUCAUAAAAGAUGCGGGAGGAAUUGAUUAAUAAUAGGGCCCACAAAGGGGAGGGUGGAAGUCCAUCUUGUUUUUAGGAUUUAUGCUUGAUAUAUCUCUGUAAAAUUUUAAGUUGAAAAACCAAAUAAAUAUUUUGUUAAACAAAAAAUUAAAAAAAUGUUUUCAUUUAUUUAUACAAGAAUAAACAAUCAACCCUAUUAAACAUGUGGUUGCAGAGGUAGAUUUAGGGCAGCGCAAGCGGAGUAGCCACACUGGGUGCACAGACAAUGAGGGUGCCUUCUCAAAGCUCAGUAAGCAAGUAUCUACAUGGUGCUUAGAGAAUAACAUGCACCUAAAUAUUAGUAAGACAAAGGAGAUGGUGUUGGACUUACGGAGGAAGAGAGGGGAACCUGCUCCGUUGUAUAUCGGGGGGGGGGCUGUGUGGAGAGAGUCUCCUCCUUUAAAUUCCCGGGAGUUUACCUUAGUGAGGACCUCACUUGGAAAAUCAACAUAACUCAGGUGGUCAGAAAGGUCCAACAGAGACUCCAUUUCCUCAGGGUCUUGCGAAAGAAUAAUGUUAAACAACAACUGAUGAACUCCUUUUACCGGUCCAUAAUAGAAAGUGUCCUUUCAUAUUGUAUCACAGUGUGGUAUGCUGGCCUGACAGCCAUGGACAGAAAGUCUCUACAGAGGGUGGUGAAUACAGCACAUGAUAUCAUGGGCUGUCCCUUGAGUCCGCUAGAUGACAUUGCAAGGGAUCGUUGCCUUAGGAGAGCGAGAAAAAUUCUCAGGGAUGACUCACGCCCCGGCCACCACCUCUUUAAUCUUCUACCCUCGGACAGGACAUAUAGAAGUAUAAUCAGCCGUACCAACAGGCUAAAAAAUAGCUUCUAUCUGUGGGCUGUUAGACUGUUGAACGGAAAAUAACAUAGGGAAAUUGACUUGCGAGGUGGUGUGUUGUUCGAUAAGAGAUCAAGUGUUUGUGGGGGGAGGCUUGUACAAUGGUUGUACAAUGACAAUAAAGGUAUUAUUAUUAUUAUUAAGUGCUCGCUUUGGGAAGGAGGUAGGAGGGUUCUGGGACCCUGCCAGAGCCUUGUGCCUCCUUCCCAAAGCUCAUCUUAAGCCAGCGCCAUGAGGGCUGGCGGGAGGGCAUCAAAUGUUGGCCUCACAACAGGGUGACAUAUUACCAAGGCGGUUGGGUGGGGGGGAGGAAGAAAGAAAUGCUGCAUCUCCUCCCCACCCUCCUCCUGAUUAUACCGCAGAGAGCAGGAUUGAACCUUGGUGAGAGGAGAGUUCAGUCCUACAGGUAACACACCAGCAAAGUAGACCCUUUAUAAGUGGCCACCUUCUCCUCCUUCCUCCACCAUGGCUCAUUUGCCCUGCCUUUUGACAGCGCUGGAUCACUCUGGGUGGGACAGCUUGUGGUGAUCUGGGGCUAGGCUUUCUCCAGAUCCAGUGUAUCGUCCUAAUUAAAAAAGAUAAAGACCCCUGACAGUUAAGUCCAGUCAUAGACCACUCUGGGGUUGCGGCGCUCAUCUUGCUUUACAGGCCGAGGGAGCCGGCGUUUGUCCACAGACAGCUUUCUGGGUCACGUGGCCAGCAUGACUAAGCCGCUUCUGGUGCAAUGGAACACUGUGACGGAAGCCAGAGCGCAUGGAAAUGCUGUUUACCUUCCCACCUGAGCUGUACCUAUUUAUCUUCUUGCACUGAUGUGCUUUCGAACUGCUAGGCUGGCAGGAGCUGGGACUGAGCAAUGGGAGCUCACCCCGUCGCGGGGAUUCAAAGCGCCGACCUUCUGAUCGGCAAGCCCAAGAGGCUCAGUGGUUUUUAGACCACAGCACCACCCGUGUCCCUAUCGUCCUAAUUAUUAAUGAACUAAUGCCAAGAUUUCCUUGGACAAUGUGAUAAUUGCUUUUCUCAUCCUUCCCUCCGUUCUGAAAAAAAAUAUUGUUCUAUAUUACAGCAUUUCUAUAUAUUUUAUAUUCAGACGUUUGCUGAAAAGGUUUGCUCAUAGCAAAACAGCUUGCACACUUUAUCUUUUUAUAGCUUUGUGUGGCCUAUCAUUCUGUACUUCUGUUAUAAACAUAUUUAAAAACAUGGAAUAACCUCACUUGACUUCCUUAUAGAGAAACAUUUAUGUAUAUAUUUUGCAAACACAGCAAUCCGAUGUGACAUAAUAUGAUUCCCUUCAUUAUGCAAUAUUAAGAGUUCCAACAAGAUGCUUACAGUGCAGUUGACUGCAGUAUUUGGAGAUCUAACAACCAGCUUAUGUAUGAAAUUGCACAUGAAUCAGAGCACUGGUGGCUAAGCAACCUGUAAAAACCCAAAAAUUACCUAAUUGCCCCCUUUUCUCCACUUCCCACUGCGGCUUUCCGGGACAAAAACUGAACGGUGUGUCCUGUACUUAGUUUUCGCAUUCAAUUUUUACUGAAUUGCACAACAAUGUAAAUCAUCUUCCUCUUUCCUCUUUCUGCUUCUUCCUCCUGUUUCCUGCAAUAUUAAAGCGUGCUGCUUUAGCAGAAUCCAGCCACAAUUCCAGAGUACAGAUAGAAGUCAGAGACACGGCAGAACUCAUCAUCCUCGCGUGUAACGUAAGUACAUCAAGGUGGGGCAGGAGGGUUGCCAUCUUCCGUUUUCCUGAUGGGGAAACAGUCUUAGAAUGGAUGCACAACAGGAGAAAUUUAGUAAGUGCAACUUCACUCAUCACUGUAUCCCCUUCAGGGGGGAAACUGCCUCUGUCCCAAAUGCAGCUGUUAAAAAAAGCACAGGUUGGGGAAAGAGAGAGAAAGAGAGCAGUAACAGUUCUACACAGAGAGGAGAGUAAAGGCUGGACGACCCGAGGCAGGUAGCUCAACUGUGGAGAAGAACAGCUCUGUCUCUUCCUGACCCCGGUAGAUUCCACUAGUUAAACCCAUUCCCUUCUCUUUCCACAUUGAUCUGCAAUUUUCUAAAGGUCCUCAGAGAAAACACAUUCACGUACAUAUUUUUGAAAGCAUUUCCUCACAGAAUAAGGCAUGGGCAGAAUUAUUUUGUCUUAAAAUGAUUACUUUUAAAUUUUUUAUGCGUUUUGGUGGGAUUUGGUAUUUUCUUGAGGUGGCAGCCGGAUUGCAAAAAUCAGAAGUAAUGACGCCCCUUUCCAAGGCAUCAACUCAGGAGGUGCAGAGCUGGCCAGUUGCUAUUGGAACUGACAAAUAGCAAACGACUCUAUCGUCUGCACCCUAAAUCACAUCCAUUUCUGCUUCUAGUCUCUCUUGAGUUAGACCCUUAGCACCAAGGCUAUCCUAAUGUGUGAGGGAAUAGGACUCUGAAUACCAGUUGCUGAGAAUCACAAGAGUGCAGUUGUGAUCAGGUCCUGCUCUGGUUAUCUCCCGCUUGGGCUACUGCAAUGCGCUCUACGUGGGGCUACCUUUGAAGGUGACCCAGAAACUACAAUUAAUCCAGAAUGUGGCCGCUAGACUGGUGACUGGGAGUGACUGCCAAGACCUACAUUGGCUCCCACAAUUCGACGUGUUGGUGCUGACCUUGAAAGCCCUAAAUGGCCUCAGCCCAGUAUACCUGAAGGAGCAUCUCCAGCCCCAUUGUUCAGUCCAGACACAGAGCAGGGCCGUUUUACCCAUAGGUGCUAGGGGUGCAGGGCAUCUGGGCUCUGGGCUCUCAGGGGCGCCAGGCUGAGAGCAUGGGGCCCGAGAGUUGUCUGGUCUUUAUUACACAUUUGUUCUGAAUGUUCAUGGAACUGUUAUAUGACAAUGAACAUUCACCCUGGGUUGCUUGUGCAGUAGUUACACGCCUUCCUGAAAAAAAUCAUUUGUUCAUCCCAUAUUUUUCUGUAUAUUUUCCUAACCAUGAAGAGUCUGUUGUUUUUAAUUCAAAAAAUAGAUUCAUUGCACUUAAUGCUUUAAUUCACUUUAACUGUGCAAACCUAAGUUUCACGUGCUAGAAUUCCUCCUGUGAAAGUACUGAGAGGACCAUAGAUUCCAAACCCAUAUGGAUGAAUGAUAAGGGAACAAUCUUUUGGAUCCUUAAUAUCUCUACAAAAUAGCUCAGGGCUAGGACUUGUGACAUCUUCGGGCUGGGAGAGAUUUUCUCCAGGGAGAAAGAAGCUGUGUUUUAUAAAAUGGCCCCCUUUAUACCACUGUUAAGCUAGAGGAGAAGCCCGCCCUGCGCUAUGUACUUUGAAGGAAACUCUACUCCCCCCCGGAAGGAUCUACCUCACCCUCCCAGCUUCACGUUCUUCCACUGUGUAAUCUAAACUCAGUUUGUGAAACAGCAUUUCGUCAUCCUUGGUUAUGUUUCCACCUCACACCAAGAAAGAGCUUAAGUUAACCUUCUUGAGGCUUGUGGACAUCUUCAGCUUUCACAAGGCAGAAAAAGGACCUGCCUUUACCAAAACAGCUUAGCUGGGGGGUUAAUUUGAUGGGUAAAAAGAAAGAAAACCAAACCACAGGAAGAUGUAGAAAUGUGGAGCAAUUCACUUGGAAGAAGGAAAAAUGGGGAAAAAACUGAAAUCGACCGAUUCACUUGUCUCUAAUGCAGAGCCACAUUCUCCCCAUCCCCUUCUGCUCUCUUCCCAAUAAUAUAUAUCUAUAUCUAUAUGUUUAUCUGUCAUCUAUCUAUCUAUCUAUCUAUCUAUCUAUCAUCUAUCUAUCUAUCUAUCUAUCUAUCUAUCUAUCUAUCUAUCAUCUAUCUAUCAUCUAUCAUCUAUCAUCUAUCAUCUAUCUAUCUAUCUUCUUUUAGCAGAUGUUAGUAAUUGGUUUCCCCCCUUUUUUCCUUUUCAUUGCCAUUUUUACAAGGGAUCUGGGCAUGGUAUCAAGUUAAGUGCGACAUCAUUUGGGUGGCUGGAAUCUCAGUUGGCAUUAUGUUUUGCAACACCCCCAGUGGCUCUGCUGGAAAAGAAAGUUAAGAAACAGUUCAAAAGCAGGCAGAGAGCCUCAUGGGCAUGACAGCAAGUCUUCUGACAUGCCAUUGUGCCCAUGGGUGUCACAUUAGGGACCGUUGCCCUAGAUCAGGGAUGUCCAACCAGUCAACUGCGAUCGACAGGCCAAUCCCCGGGUGAUAGCGGGGUAGAAAGAGCAUCCGGCCCUGCCCCCUCACUCUGUCCUUCAAUCGUGCACGAUUGCAAAAACGGAAGAUGGAGACAUCGCUGCAGGGUUUAGUACCUGGGGAGCAUUUUAUGGCUCACCCCCCCCUAAAAAUAGCUCAACAACUUUGUGUCCCCCCCCCCAUGGGUAGAUCACUGCUAUUUUUUCCCCCAGGAGUAGAUUGCAGUCUCUUGGGAGUUGGACGUCCCUGCCCUAUACCAUCAACUUGAAGAAGGCAGCAUCUCUUGAAGCCAAGAGUAGAACUAACCUUUUUAAAAACGAACUCUGGAGAAUGGAUCAUAGGCACACAGGAAGUGGUCUUGUACAGAGUCAGACCAUAUCUAGCUCAGUAUUGGCAAUGGCUCUCUAGGGUUUUGGGUAGUAGUCGCCACCAACCCAGAUGGCUAUAUAAUCCUAUGCCCUUCUAAAAUGUGUGGGGGUUUGGGGGGGGGCUAUUGGGUUGUUGUUUUUGUUAUGUAUUUUGUGGUUUUAUAUCUUGAUUUUAUUCUGUGAAUAAAUUUAUAAAUUCAAUAAAUAAACAUAAAAAUAAAAACCAUCCUAGAAGGGUUGUGACUAUAAGGAGGAUGACUGAGGGGGCAUGGCUGUGAUGUGACAUGGCUGCAAGUAUCAUGAAGGGACCCUAUACUUUAUUAAUUUAGCACUACACUCCUGUGCAAACACCCUUUUGACUGAGCCAGGUUUCCACCAGCCACAUAGUUGGUGUCUUAAAGGGCAAGUGGAUGUAUCUUGGAUAAAAUGGCCUGACAGGCGAAACUGGGAAGCGUGGUGAGUCUAAUUAGUGCUAGGGACUAGAGGCUACCCUCUCCUUCUCUGGAGACAUUUGAUUGUCUUCUGUGGGAAAUGGAUGGAUAUUAACCUGAACCAGCCAAGGAAAAGGGACCUUGGAGCUCCUCUGGUCCAACCCCUUGCUCAGCUCCUUAUGUUCUUCUCAGUCUCUCUCUCUCUUUUUCCAGGUAGGAAAAGAAAGAAAACACGACUGCCGAGUCUCUGUUGGAGGGAAUGGAGUACACAACUCUACCGCCAGUUUUCACUGUUCCCGACAAUGCUUCUAAUGCCUCGAUUGUCCCCUCUCUGGGGAAGAAGGCCAAUGGAGGGACCUAUGACUUGUACAAGUGGAUCAAUAUUAUAACUAUGAUCAUCUACAGCCUCGCCUUCCUGCUGGGAGUCAUCGGUAACGGGCUGGUCAUUUUCAUCACCGGCUUUCGUAUGAAGAAGACGGUCAACACAAUUUGGUUCCUCAACUUGGCCAUUACUGACUUCACCUUCACCUUCCCUCAGCCCUUGACUGUUGUCUAUAUUGCCCUGGAUGCUCAUUGGCCAUUUGGCCUGGUGAUGUGCAAGCUGAUCAGCACUCUUGCUUUCUUCAACCUCUUUGCCAGUGUUUACCUCCUCAUGGUCAUCAGUAUCGACCGAUGCAUUUCUGUGUGGUGCCCUGUAUGGUCUCGGAACCACCGGACCCCCCGGAUGGCUUCCUUUGUGUCGCUGGGUGUUUGGAUCCUGGCUCUGGUGCUGUGUUCACCCUACUUACAUUUCAGGGACACUGCCCCAUCCCCCAACGAUCAGAAUGUGAUCAACUGCUUUAACAACUAUGGCAAGACCAGGGAGGAAGUGAAUCUCAACCGACAAGCUCUCAUCAUCAGCCGGUUCAUCUUUGCCUUCGCCAUUCCCUUCAGCGCCAUCCUCGUUUGCUACGGGGCCAUUGUCCUGAAGCUGAGGAGGGACAGUUUGGCUCAAUCGAGCAAGCCCUUCAAAGUCAUCACAGCUGUGAUUGUGGCCUUUUUCAUCUGUUGGUUCCCUUAUCAUGUCUUCUCUUUCCUCGAGACAAAACUUCUCGUGCAGCCUGAGCUGUUGGGGGUUUUGCGUAUUGGCUACCCCUUUGCCUCCGGCUUGACGUUCAUCAACAGCUGCCUCAACCCAAUCCUGUAUGUCUUCAUGGGACAUGAUUUCAAGGAGAAGCUGAAACACUCUCUCUUCUCCGCCUUUGAGAACGCCUUUUCUGAGGACAGCAGCCAGAGCACUUCCAGAACCAAGGACAAGUCCUCGAUUGAGUUAGAUGCCCAGCCAUGA